GGAUGUUCCCGAGUGCAGAUUCUGAUCCCUGCAGGAAGUGAAAGUGCUGCUGCCGCUUUUCCCUUUCGUCCUGUUGCCAACCUGGGAAGCGCUCUCUUCCCGUGGACUACCAGGCUAAUGAGAAGUGCUGGCGACAGAGAGCCCACUAUUGGCUGUCCCGACUGCCGAGGCUGGCAGGCAGUGGCGACAGGGAAGGACCGGACUGACGGACCUUUUGGUGGAAAUACCGAGAGAACACCGGGAACUCGGACGGAAACGAAGGGAAUACAGGUUUUAAUUUGCGGUUUGGAUUUCCCGGACGGACUAAAAACCUCGCUAACGUCCACUGUUAGCUGGAAGUUUUCGGCUCGAGCAGUGAUGUGGUGACGCGACUCCACCAAAUCCACGGGAAGCUAACGUUAGCAGAAGCGCUAACGUUACUUGAUAGAUUAAUCAUUUCAGCAUAGCUUUGUGGGCCUAUUUCAGGGUUUUUAAAACUCGUUUUUAGCGUUUAUAGCAAUAAUGUAAGAGAGAAGAGAUCAUGUUGUCUACUUUUAUACGAGAUAGAGUUUAUCCUUAGAUGACCAGCUUACGUUAUUUUAGCGAAGUUAGUAUAUAAAACUAGCAAGCGUUAGCUACUUAGCUGGCUAGUAGCUAACGUUGGCUAGCUGUCGACUUUAAACUGACUUCAAGCCAAAGAACUCUGCUUCAAAUUAGCUAACGCUAGCAAGGCUACAGCUGUUUCCACGUCACCUAACUGUAUAAUCACAUGUCUACCUGUUAUAAAAUGUUAUUGUCAGCGAGUUGAACUUUAUUUUCGAGGAUGGCUAUUUGUUUUGAGAAACAAAGAUAGGCACUUUACUUCCAAAAUCCAGAAAUGCAAUCAUCGAAACACCAGCUUACUUAAUGCUAGCUUGCUAACGUUGGGUUAGCCGGCCAAACUUGGGAAUACUGCCCCCCUGCUCACUUCAUGUGGGUUUCGCUUUGAGGCCUUUAGGAAAUUAUCCCCUUUUUCCACCGAGAAGACCCCUUUUCACAGCCUUAACGCAUCGCAGCCUGUGAGUGAGAGAAUUGAUGUGCUCUGAAUGACUCUGUGAAGCUUGACAAGGCUGUAACAGACAACUGGAGGACCUGGACUUUGUUGACAGCAUAAAAUAACGUGGAUUAAAUCACAGGCAUUCGGAAUAACGUUUCACUUCAAAGAUGAUGUGCGAGGUGAUGCCCACCAUCAGUGAGGCCGAAGGGCCCGGCGGGGGGGGUGGCAGUGGCCGUCGGGGCUCUGGCUCCCCGCUGCAGUCGGACUCAGAGGGUCACUUUGAGUCGCUGAUGGUGUCCAUGCUGGAGGAGAGGGAUCGUCUUCUUGACACUCUGCGGGAGACUCAGGAGAAUCUGGGCUUGACUCAGGGCAAACUGCACGAAGUUAGCCAUGAAAGGGACUCGCUGCAGAGACAACUCAACACUGCUUUGCCACAGGAGUUUGCUGCACUGACAAAGGAGGUGAACGUGUGUCGGGAGCAGCUUCUGGAGAAGGAGGAGGAGAUUGCAGAGCUGAAGGCUGAGAGAAACAACACACGGCUCCUGUUGGAGCACUUGGAGUGCCUGGUGUCUCGCCAUGAACGUAGUCUAAGGAUGACAGUAGUGAAGAGACAGGCUCAGUCUCCAGCCGGAGUCUCAAGUGAAGUGGAGGUCCUCAAAGCCCUUAAGUCACUUUUCGAACACCACAAAGCCCUCGAUGAGAAGGUGAGGGAGCGACUACGCGUUGCCUUGGAAAGAUGCAGUGCGUUGGAGGAACAGCUCACCAUCUCGCACAAAGAAUUGGCUUACCUCAGGGAGCAGAACAGCCAGAAGAGAGGGCUGGCAGAUGGAACCAGCGAGGUCAACCACAACUCUGAAAACACACCAAGCACUAAUGGCAAGCGGUCUUCGGAUGGUUCGCUGAGUCAGGAGGAGGAGUCAGGACCUGUGAUCAGGAAGGUCGGUGAGCUCCAGGACGUGGUGGACCGUCAGACAGCUGAUCUGGGCCAAAUGAAGGAGCGCAUGGCUGCUAUGGUUUCACGCAUCAGUGAACUGGAAGAGGACCUGGACACGGCCCGAAAGGACCUCAUCAAGUCCGAAGACGUGAACACGCGGCUACAGAGAGACCUGAGAGAGUCCAUGGCGCAGAAGGAAGACAUGGAGGAGAGGAUCACCACCCUGGAGAAGCGCUACCUGGCAGCUCAGCGGGAGGCUACCUCCGUCCAUGACCUUAACGACAAGUUGGAGAAUGAAGUGGCCAACAAGGAGUCCCUCUUCAGACAAACUGAGGACAGAAACCGGCAACUCCAAGAGAAGCUGGAGCUGGCUGAGCAGAAGCUGCAGCAGAUCAUUCGCAAGGCAGAGACUCUGCCUGAGGUGGAAGCUGAGCUAGCCCAGAGGGUAGCUGCCCUCACAAAGGCAGAGGAACGCCAUGGCAAUGUGGAGGAGAGACUGAGGCAGCUGGAGGCCCAGCUGGAGGAGAAGAACCAGGAACUGCUCAGGGCACGGCAGCGAGAGAAGAUGAACGAGGAGCACAACAAGCGUCUGUCUGAGACAGUGGACAAGCUCCUUUCAGAGUCCAACGAGAGACUCCAGCUUCACCUCAAAGAGAGGAUGUCUGCCUUGGAGGACAAGAAUGCCCUGAUAAGAGAACUGGAGCACACCAAGAAGCUGAUUGAGGAGUCUCACCAUGAGAAGGAGCAGCUCCUGAUCCAGAUUGAGACUAUGAGGGCAGAGAGCGAGCAGGGUAGGAGCAGGAGUAACUCCUUACUACAUGGACGGUCUCAGAUGGGCAGCACUCCGGACUUCAGGUAUCCAGUGUCUGCUUCCUCAAUGAUGGACAGUAACUCAGACCAUUAUGGCAGCGCUCUUGUGCUGAGACGGCCUCAAAAAGGACGGAUGGCGGCACUACGGGACGAGCCAUCGAAGGUGCAGACUUUGAAUGAGCAGGAGUGGGAGCGCAUGCAGCAGGCCAACGUUCUGGCAAAUGUGGCCCAGGCGUUUGAGAGCGACAUGGAUGCUUCAGACCUGGAGGAGGAUCGAGAGACGAUCUUCAGCUCGGUGGACCUGCUGUCCCCUGGUGGCCAGGCUGACGCACAGACCCUCGCUUUAAUGCUGCAGGAGCAGCUGGACGCCAUCAAUAAUGAAAUUAGAAUGAUCCAAGAGGAGAAGGAGAGCACCGCCAUCCGGGCAGAGGAGAUUGAGUGCCGGGUGGGCAGCGGCGAUAGCCUAGGAGGACGUUUCCGCUCAAUGGGCUCCAUCCCUCCGUCACUGUGUGCGGGCUCUUCGUUGGGCGGCUCACCCCCAGGCUCUGGCCACUCCACCCCCAGACGCAUUCCCCGUAGCCCCAACAGAGAACUGGACCGCAUGGGUGUCAUGACCUUGCCUAGUGACCUGCGCAAGCACCGCAGGAAGUCUGCUCAGGAUGACAAGGCCACUAUCCAAUGUGAGACGUCACCCCCUACCACUCCACGCUCCAUGCGCCUAAACAGGGAUGCAGGGCAUGCUGCAAGCCACGAGGACAUUAGAGAUAUUCGAGGUCUGGCUGGCCUGCAGGACGGCCAAGGUAGUAACCCCAGCAGCAGCAACAGCAGCCAGGACUCCCUCAACAAAGCAGCCAAGAAGAAGAGUAUCAAGUCUUCUAUUGGACGCCUUUUUGGGAAGAAGGAGAAGGGCCGACCCAGCAUUCCCGGCAAGGACUCCCCCAGCCAAGCUGGCACUCCUGAGGCAGAGAGCUCUCCUAAGGAUGGCCUGGGAAUGGGCACCCUGGGUGGCCCUGCAGAGAAGAACAGGAAGCUGCAGAAGAAUCCAAAGACAGGGCAUGAAUUACUGGAGGAGGCUCGCAGGCAGGGCCUGCCGUUCGCCCAGUGGGACGGACCAACUGUUGUGGUUUGGCUGGAGCUGUGGGUGGGCAUGCCAGCCUGGUACGUGGCUGCAUGCCGUGCCAACGUGAAGAGCGGAGCCAUUAUGUCAGCGCUAUCAGACACGGAGAUCCAAAGGGAGAUUGGCAUCAGCAACCCGUUACAUCGUCUGAAACUGCGCCUGGCCAUCCAGGAAAUCAUGUCUCUCACCAGCCCUUCGGCCCCGCCGACAUCGAGAACGACCACAGGAAACGUUUGGGUCACACAUGAAGAAAUGGAAAGUUUGGCAGCCACACCUCCCACGGAGGAUGACGAGGGUAGCUGGGCCCAGACACUGGCGUAUGGAGACAUGAACCACGAGUGGAUUGGUAAUGAGUGGCUGCCCAGCCUGGGUUUACCGCAGUACCGUUCCUACUUCAUGGAGUCCCUGGUGGACGCCCGCAUGCUUGACCACCUCACCAAGAAGGACCUUAGGGGACAGCUCAAAAUGGUGGAUAGCUUCCACAGGAACAGUUUCCAGUGUGGCGUUAUGAGUCUGAGGAGGCUCAACUAUGACAGGAAGGAGCUGGAGAGGAGAAGGGAAGAGUCUCAGUACGAGAAUAAAGAAGUGCUGGUGUGGAGUAACGAGCGUGUGAUCAGCUGGAUUCAGGCCAUCGGGCUGAAAGAGUACAGUGGCAACCUUUAUGAAAGCGGGGUCCAUGGAGCGCUGCUCGCCCUCGACGAAACGUUUGAUCACAAUACCCUGGCCCUACUGCUGCAGAUCCCCACGCAGAACACACAGGCCAGAGCAACUCUUGAGCGUGAAUACAACAGUCUGCUGGCCGUUGGCACAGACAGGAGAAUGGAGGAGGAUGACGAUAAGAACUUCCGCCGAGCUCCUUCAUGGAGAAAGAAGUUCAGGCCCAAAGACGUGAGGGGGAUGUCCUUGGGUGCGUCAGACACCUUGCCCGCCAACUUCCGAGUGACCAGUAGCAACGCAGCAUCUCCCUCCACGCAGCCAAAGAGGAGCCCGAUGGACGGAAGUCAGUCUAUACAGAGGCUGGACACUGCCACAGUCAGGACCUACUCUUGUUAACAUACAACGUUUAUCCUCAUUAUUUCUAUAGGUAACCGCUGGUCAGAGGAUGAAGGGGAAUUCCCCGCAUUCAAGACCAGGAUGAUGAACUGAAAUGACUUGCAAGGACACUAAAACGGUGUUUUGGUUUUUUGUCGUCGUCACAGAGAAAAAAACUCACUCACCACUCCCUGAGGAAAUUUUCUGGAUUUAUCUACGUUUGUUUAUUACAUUAAUGUAAACCGAUGGGACAUUUAAAUUGAUUUUAAAAUUACUAUGUAAUCCCUUUUUGCCUCUCUCCCCUUAAUCAACCCACUUUUUAAAAAAAGAAAACCUUUCCACUGUGCCCGUAUUAAGCUCAGCUCUCAGAUGUAUGUAACUGAAUGUUUCACUUGUCUGAAGUUUGUAUAUUUCUACCAACAGACAUUUUAUCUAAUCUUUUUUUAUAAUACUGAUUCUAUUGACCAGAUGUAUGUUUUUGUUUUCCUCUCUUUUGAAUUGAAUUCUAAUCAUUGAAUUUAUGCUUAAGUGACUUUGAUAUGUGAUAUAUAACUUAAUUCAUAUCCUUUGCCCUUUUUAACUGUUGUAAUUUUUGUAGCUUAUUUCUUGUGAUUUUGUGUAAAUGCAGCUCUUAGGUAAAUGGAUGUGUGAAUAUCAGACAAAUUGCUGGAGUUGUCAGUGUUUCACAAACUGCUCAACACUGUGAGUCAUCCAUCACCAUUAGAAUAACUGCUGGCAAGCCAGGUGAUGAUGACAGCAGAUAUCAUGUGAAACACACGUUAUGUUUUCCUUUUCUCUUCUUUAUUUUCCAUAUCUGCGAAACCAAAAUGAAACUCUUGAAUUUAAGAAUUAAAGCCAUAUAACAGUAGCGAGGGGGAAAAAAAACAGGGCUUCUUUCGGAUGCGAGUGAAAACAGAAUUUGAGGUUCUCUCUCGUUGACCUUGCAUGCAGAAACUUCUCCACUUAUCCCCGCCCUUCCACACCCAGCUUACCCCUUUAACAAAAGCAAACCUCCCUCACCUCUGGAGGAACAGGAGGACUUUAAAUGUACAGAUGAGUCGGAAGUGUGGCGACUCCUUCGAUGGACCAACUUCACCGAGGCCUCAGUCGAUCCCCGCUGUGACUAGAUAACCCUCAAGGCGGUGCGAUCCACCCCCAAACCUUUUUUAAGAAGAUUUCAUAUCGAGCCUUAUUGUUUCUUAACUCCUCUCUGUGUUCUGUUCUUAUUUAUUAUUACUCAUCCACACUGUUUUUCGUCAGUUCUACUUUCAGAGAUGAUGCGCCAGUUUGCUCCUCUGUGAAUGUAGCAACGCUCCUCGCUGUCCUGUCCACGCUCCAAACACAGGUUCCAGCAUUAGUUUUCAUGACAAAUGAGAAGGAACCGAAGACCUUUCUUUCACCCUACAUGUAGUUCAAGCUCAAAGUAGAAAUGCUUUUUUUCUGUAUGUGAUUUAGUCAUUUAUGCACAAUGCAAAUCAUGUUGCUGUUUUAUUCCUGCUCUUCCCGUUGAAUCUUCUGAUCUUGUAACAAUGAUGUACAGUCUGAGUACUUAUAAACUAUUUUUAUCACAAUAUUAUUUAUUGCUUACUUUCAAUAAAAUACUGAAACUUAUUUUCCACUGCAGAUAAA